UUUUAUUCCUGGUUUUAGUAGGCUACUACGUGCACAGCUCUAUUGAAAAGUUAAUGUAAAUGUGAAAGAGACCAAACCCCAUCCGAAAGGCGUCAGACAGCCAGGAGACAAUGUUCAGAUUUACCCCACCCGCCGCCUCCACCCUUUUCUAAAUCAACGAUCUGUUUACAGUUAUGGGAAGUUCAGACGCACCAAUCCCUAACAUACUGUGCCGGAUUCUUGUUAACGUGCUUUAAAGUUACCGUCCAAAUGGUUUGAGUAACGUUUAAUUGACUGCCGGGGUCUGGAAGGGUACAUGCUGUAUCCCCCUCUUGCCCCCCAGUAGCGGUACAGGUGGAGCCUCUGACAGGCUCCUUCACAGUCACGUGAUCCGGUUCAGAAGCAGCAGCGGCUGCAGAAAUUGGUUAAAAUUUCAUUGCCAGGCUACGGUCUAGUGGAAAAAGGGUGUCAGUGUCGUUUGCGCCUUUUCAUUUCAUCCCAUCUAUAUAAACGCGAGGGCGACGGACCGCGCGUGCUAUCAUGUGUUAAAGCGAAGAGUGCAGGCAAGAUCGGAGGAAAACAUCGAAGCAUCUGCAACAGCAUCUGCGCGAUCAGAUCUUACAGGAUCUUACCAUCUGUGGGCUUGACUACAUUCAAUUGCACCACAGUUUGUAAAGGGACCAUUGCUGGCUGGAUUUAUUUCAAGACAUGGUUGAUUAUCUAAAUCCUUCGAGUGAGGCGUGAAAAUGAUCCUGAUUGGAUUUGGACGGUCGCUUUUUGGUGGAUUGUGUAACGUGGAGGUAUAAACUUUAACUGACUUUGGGUUCAAAACAGAGAUGUGUUUAGAUGGAAUACUUUAAGGAACUCCCCGUGUGUGUGUGUGGUGGCUGAACAAGCUCUCGUGGAUGCCAGACCUGUACAGAUGAGAGGAACUCGUGGCUGGGACUACAUCGCGCGGUGAUGCUUCUUCUUUACUCUCUGUCUGAUGUGAAUUUGGAUUUCUAUAAUCAACUCUGCGCGUUUCUAGAAUGGCUCGGUUUGAAGACGAUCUCCCGACCCGGUAUGGAGGCGGUGGCUCUCCAGCGGGUCCAUGCAGAGGGGUCAGCCGGCAACCGGGCCCCCCGGCCGGACAGAGGAUGUAUAAGCAAACAAUGGCCCAAAGAGCCCGGACAAUGGCCAUAUACAACCCGAUACCGGUCAAACAGAACUGUCUCUCAGUCAACAGAUCCCUUUUCAUCUUCAGCGAAGAUAAUAUCAUUCGAAAAUAUGCAAAGAAAAUAACAGAGUGGCCUCCAUUUGAGUACAUGAUUCUCGCCACCAUUAUAGCAAACUGCAUUGUACUGGGCUUAGAGCAGCAUUUACCAGCUUUAGACAAGACACCCAUGUCAAAACGACUGGAUGACACUGAACCCUACUUCAUCGGAAUAUUUUGCUUCGAGGCCGGGAUCAAGAUCAUCGCUCAAGGCUUUGCUUUUCAUAAAGACUCCUACCUCCGCAAUGGGUGGAAUGUAAUGGAUUUUGUUGUUGUGUUGACGGGGAUUCUAACCGUAGUGGGGCCAGACUUUGAUUUGCGGACACUCAGGGCAGUAAGAGUCUUGCGGCCACUCAAACUCGUGUCUGGAAUUCCAAGUCUCCAGGUGGUUCUGAAGUCCAUCAUGAAAGCAAUGGUUCCUUUGCUUCAGAUUGGCCUUCUGCUCUUUUUUGCUAUCCUCAUGUUUGCCAUCAUUGGUCUAGACUUCUACAUGGGCAAGUUUCACCGCACCUGCUUCAGAAACGAUACUGGGGAACAGGCAGCUGACUUUCCAUGUGGGACGGAACUUCCAGCCCGGAUGUGUGAAGGCGACACUGUUUGUAGGCUGUACUGGACCGGUCCAAACUUCGGCAUAACAAACUUUGACAACAUCCUGUUUGCUGUGCUCACCGUCUUCCAGUGCAUCACUAUGGAAGGAUGGGUCGACAUCCUUUACAAUGCCAACGAUGCCUCAGGGAACACCUGGAACUGGCUCUACUUCAUCCCACUCAUCAUCAUCGGCUCUUUCUUCAUGCUCAACUUGGUUUUGGGGGUGCUGUCGGGGGAGUUUGCAAAGGAGAGAGAGCGUGUGGAGAAAAGGCAGGAGUUCCUGAAGCUUCGCAGACAACAGCAGAUCGAGAGGGAGCUGACGGGCUACCUGGAGUGGAUCUGCAAGGCAGAGGAAGUAAUACUUGCUGAAGAAGAUAAAAAUGCAGAGGAGAAGGAUGAUGGUGCCUGGUACAAGAGGAAAUGCAACAACCCAGUAUUGAAAAGAGCUAAGAAGAGCAAAAAUGACCUCAUCAGUGCAGAGGAAGGAGAAGACCAUUUCACUGACAUCACAUCAGUCGCUCCCCAGGGCUCUCCGUUCACCCGUACAAGCAAGAGCAGCAAGAACGAAAGCUCAUCAUACCUUCGCAGGAAAGAGAAGAGGUUUCGCUUCUUAAUCCGCCGUAUGGUGAAGGCCCAGAGCUUCUACUGGACUGUUCUGUGUAUAGUGGGACUGAACACACUGUGUGUGGCUAUAGUUCACUAUGACCAGCCCGACUGGCUCACAUAUGCACUGUAUUUGGCGGAGUUUGUAUUCCUUGGUCUGUUUCUAAUAGAGAUGAGUCUGAAGAUGUAUGGCCUUGGGCCCAGGACCUACUUUCACUCCUCAUUUAACUGCUUUGACUUUGGGGUGAUUGUGGGUAGCAUUUUUGAGGUGAUCUGGGCAGCAGUAAAACCAGGAGCCUCUUUUGGCAUUAGUGUGUUGCGAGCACUACGUUUGCUGAGGAUAUUCAAGGUUACCAAGUAUUGGAACUCGUUACGGAAUCUGGUGGUGUCUCUGCUCAACUCAAUGAAGUCCAUCAUCAGUCUCCUGUUCCUGCUGUUUCUCUUCAUCGUAGUGUUUGCUCUGCUAGGAAUGCAGCUCUUCGGAGGACAGUUUAAUUUUGAAGAUGAGACCCCGACGACCAACUUUGACACAUUCCCAGCUGCUAUCCUGACAGUGUUUCAGAUUCUGACAGGAGAGGACUGGAAUGCUGUGAUGUAUCAUGGAAUUGAAUCCCAGGGAGGAGUGCACCGGGGAAUGUUCUGCUCCGUGUACUUCAUUGUGCUCACAUUAUUUGGAAACUACACUCUCCUUAAUGUCUUUUUGGCCAUCGCUGUUGAUAAUCUUGCCAAUGCACAGGAACUCACCAAGGAUGAGGAGGAGCAGGAGGAGGCCAUCAGUAAGAAAAUGGCUCUGCAGAAAGCCAAGGAGGUAAAGGAGGUCAGCCCCAUAUCGGCCGCUAACAUUUCCAUCACAGCUUUUAUAAGGCCAAAUCCUGCUCUUUCAUGCAGCUCCUCCAACUCCAGCUCUCAUUCACCUAAAGAACAGCAGCGCUCUCUAAAAAUGAUGUCCGUGUGGGAGCAGCGCACCACACAGAUUCGGAAGCACAUACGCGCCAGCAGCGAGGCAUUGUACCAAGAAGAGCUCAGCCCCCGGCUGACCACUAACCUUCACCUCCGCCCUGACAUGAAAACCCACCUGGACCGGCCUCUGGUGGUGGAACCUCGUUGUGAUGGUCCCAUCAGUACCCACAGAGGCUGGGACAAACCCCAGGAUUUGCAAGGGGAGGGCGACACACCACGCAAGCACCACCGUCACAGAGAGCGUCCAUCCAAUGAGACCAGUGAAAAUGGUGACACAGGUCAACACAAAGAAGGCCGGCAUCACGUCCAUCACAGCCGCAGUAAGGAGCAUGAUGGGAGACGGUGUAAAGAGGGGAAGAGUGACAGGAGCCGGAGCAGAGAGGGGGGCCGCAGACAUCACCACCAGAGCUCAGUGGAUGAGGGAGGUGGGGAGAGAGAACAUCGUCACCAUCAUUCCCACAGGCAUAACAGAGAGGGCAACGGAGUGGUCAGUGCUGGGGGGAAGAACGAACGGCGGUCCAGGCAGAAGGAUGGCUCACAUUCGGAAACAAGGGAGGGAGAGAGGUGCUCCAGGGGCGAAAAUGGAGAUAAUGGAGGGAGGAGACAGCACAGACUAUGUACCAGUAAAGCUCAGUCCACUCUGGAAGGAGAGGAGAAACAAGGGAAUGAAGAGAAGGAGGAGGGCAAGUCGCACAGCCACAGACACAUGGACAUGACAGGAGAUUCCCUGGUUGUAAACCCCCAUCAACCUUCAGUUGGAAACCGAUUGUGUCCUGAGAAACCAGAAGACUCAGACAAUAAACAAAAAAUUGGUCAGACUGGAGGAAUGGGCACACACAUACCUGUGACCAUCACAUCUCCCCCUGGAGAAACAACCCUUAUACCCAUGAACAGUAUAGACAGUGAGACGAUGCCCAUGACUGAGAAGAAUCUGGAGGAUCUGAACCAGAGUAGCCAUCGUCCCAUCCUCCACUUCAGCUCCAUGUUCAUCUUCAGCCCAAACAAUCCGGUGAGGCGUCUGUGCCACUACAUUGUGAGUCUGCGCUACUUUGAGAUGUGUAUCCUGGUGGUGAUUUCCAUGAGCAGUAUAGCCCUGGCUGCGGAGGACCCAGUCCAAGCCAAUGCCCCUCGUAACAAUGUCCUGAAGUAUUUGGACUAUGUCUUCACUGGUGUUUUCACAUUUGAGAUGGUCAUUAAGAUGGUGGAUUUAGGUUUAUUGCUGCAUCCUGGUUCAUACUUCAGAGAUCUGUGGAAUAUUCUGGACUUCAUUGUGGUCAGUGGUGCACUGGGGGCAUUCGCAUUUUCGAGCUUCAUGGGAUCACAUCUUAACAUAAACAGAGGAACCAAGGGCAAAGACAUCAGCACUAUCAAGUCCCUGAGGGUUUUGCGAGUCUUGCGACCACUGAAGACCAUUAAACGUCUACCGAAACUGAAGGCCGUGUUUGACUGUGUGGUGAACUCCCUGAAGAACGUGUUGAAUAUCCUCAUUGUCUACAUCCUGUUCAUGUUCAUCUUUGCCGUCAUUGCUGUGCAGCUCUUCAAGGGCAAGUUUUUCUACUGCACAGACGAGUCCAAAGGUCUGGAGAAAGACUGCAGAGGGCUGUUCUUGGAUUAUGAUAAAGAUGAAGUAGCAGCCCAGCCCAGAGAGUGGAGGAAAUAUGAGUUCCACUACGACAAUGUGCUGUGGGCGUUUCUUACUCUCUUCACUGUUUCUACUGGAGAGGGCUGGCCAACGGUUUUGAAGCACUCUGUAGAUGCCACUUUUGAGGACCUGGGUCCUAGUCCAGGCUACCGCAUGGAGAUGUCCAUCUUCUACGUGGUCUACUUUGUGGUCUUCCCCUUCUUCUUCGUCAACAUUUUUGUGGCCUUGAUAAUUAUCACAUUCCAGGAACAGGGCGAUAAGGCCUUGUCAGAGUGCAGUCUGGAGAAGAAUGAGAGAGCCUGCAUUGACUUUGCUAUCAAUGCCAAACCGUUGACCCGCUAUAUGCCACAGAACCAGCAGUCCUUUCAGUACCGCUUGUGGAAGUUUGUGGUUUCUCCACCGUUUGAGUACUCCAUCAUGAUCAUGAUUGCUCUCAACACUGUGGUGCUCAUGAUGAAGUUCCAUGGGGCUCCUGAAUCUUAUGAAGCAAUGCUCAAGUAUCUCAACAUUGUUUUCACUGCUCUCUUUUCAAUGGAGUGCAUUCUGAAGAUUAUUGCUUUCGGGCCCUUGAAUUACCUGAAAGACGCCUGGAAUGUGUUUGACUUUGUGACUGUGCUGGGCAGCAUCACUGACAUCUUAGUCACUGAGAUUAACACUACGGACCGUCUGCUGAACUUGAGUUUCCUGAGGCUCUUCAGAGCAGCCAGACUCGUCAAACUCCUCCGGCAGGGAUACACCAUACGCAUCCUGCUCUGGACAUUCGUCCAAUCGUUUAAGGCAUUGCCUUAUGUUUGCCUUCUAAUUGCCAUGCUGUUUUUCAUCUACGCCAUCAUAGGAAUGCAGGUGUUUGGGAACAUCGAGUUGAGUGAUGAUACCGCCAUCAAUCGUCACAACAACUUUCGCACUUUCCUCCAAGCGCUUAUGCUGUUGUUCAGGAGUGCUACUGGUGAAGCCUGGCAUGAGAUUAUGCUGUCCUGUCUGAGUGAGCGCACAUGUGAUGCGAGCUCAGGCAUUCAAGGAAAGGAGUGCGGGAGUGACUUUGCCUACUUCUACUUUGUCUCCUUCAUUUUCCUCUGUUCUUUCCUGAUGCUGAACCUGUUUGUGGCUGUCAUUAUGGACAACUUUGAAUAUCUGACACGUGACUCCUCCAUCUUGGGCCCUCACCACCUGGACGAGUUUAUCCGAGUGUGGGCAGAGUAUGACCCAGCUGCAUGUGGCCGUAUCAAGUACCUCGAUAUGUAUGAGAUGCUGCUCCACAUGUGCCCACCUUUAGGUUUGGGAAAGAAAUGCCCUCCACGAAUCGCCUACAAGCGGCUGGUGAAAAUGAACAUGCCCAUUGCAGAAGACAACAGUGUGCACUUCACCUCUACACUGAUGGCUCUGAUCCGCACUGCCUUAGAGAUCAAACUGGCAUCAGGCAUGGUGGCCCAACGUCUGUCAGACGCUGAACUGAAGAAGGAGCUUGCUACAGUCUGGCCAAGCCUGUCUCAGAAGACUAUGGACCUGCUGGUCACUCCACACAAACCCAAUGAGCUUACAGUGGGGAAGGUAUAUGCAGCUCUUAUGAUUUUUGAUUAUUACAAACAAAACAGAGCCAAAAGACUUCAGAUGCAGCAGCAAAGAGAACAAGCAGGACCUGGAUCUCAGAAUAAAGUCAGUGCUCUUUUAGAGCCUAUUCUCCCACUAACCCACAUGCAAGAUCAGACCAUGAACAGUGUAGAGUCGGCCUCAGAAUUUCAAGCUCAGACCAGACCCAGCUCCACCAUGCUUAAUAACGGACGCACACAUCUUGAUACCAUAAUUAAAGGAUCUUCAACCUGGGCUUCAGAGAAGUCCAAGGAAGUGCAGUGGUCUAAACGGCGGCCAAUGUCAAGAGGUCAAUCAGAGGAUGCCUCAAAUGCAAACACUGCCCAGGAAUCAGUAGAAAUGAGGAAGAUGGAGAACAGUGCCAACACAGUGACCUCUGGCAGCCUUGAAGGCCAAGGACGUGCAGUAUCCAUGCCAAAACUCAAUGCAGAAAUGCAGAGGAGUCAUUCCCGUCAUUCUCCUGGGACUUUACUGGAACCAAUUCCCGAUUCCCCCAUGAGACGCUCCGCAUCCACUUUUGCACCACAGCGCCCUCAGGAAGUGAAUCUGAAUGACUACACUUUGGUGAAACCUGUUCAAGAACGACAUCACCACCAUCACCAUCACCACCGAUGCCAUCAUCGCAGGGACAGAGACAAGAAACAGAGAUCGCUGGACAGGUCGCCCACAGGCCAACACAAAGCUACAGGCAGAGCCGCUGACCCUGUACAGGAGAGGUCGCAUGACCGAGGUCGUUCCCACGAGAGGAAGCAUCAUUCGUCUUCGGCGGAGAAGCAGCGCUAUUACUCAUGUGAUCGCUACGGCAGUCGAGAAAACUGUCCCAGCAAGUCUGCCAUGGCAAGCUGUGCCACUUCACCUAGCGAGGCCCUGGAGGCCAGUCUCAACAAGCAGGGCAGUGGGUGGGCUAAGGGGAGCCCGGUGUUGUUGACCUCAGGGGCGAGUACUCCAAGCCAUGGGCGCAGACAGCUACCCCAGACCCCCAUUGCUCCUCGUCCCUCUGUGGCCUACAGGACUGCCAACUCCUCCCCUGUGCAGUUUCUGGUCACACAGGCCGGCUUGCUUCCCCCGAGUCCUGGCAGGAUGAGCCGCGGUCUGUCUGAGCACAACGCCCUCUUAAACAGCAGCUCCAUCUCCAGCUCACCGGCCCCUGUCAGUCGCAUUAACUCAGAACCCUUCCUAGGGCCCCCGGACCACCCUGCCGGCCCCCAACCCGAAACGUACGCUGUCUUCCAAGAUGAUCCGAGCCCUCAGAUGGGCCAUUCUCCCCUGACUGUAGGGAUGAAAAUCGUGGCGAUUCCCCCACCUCCCCAACAACAGUUCCGCAGGGUUCCCAAUGGAUACCACUUUACCACGGGCCCCGGCGCCACCAAAGGACGGGCACGACGGUACUAACCAGAGGCAGAGGUGGACGACUGGUGCUAGCAUGGCUUUAAUUUACACACACAUUCAGAUGAUGUUUUUAUUUUCUAAUCAUGAUGAGUUUUAUCAUCUCUUAUUUUGUGGGCGGUGUUAAAUGCAGUAAUGCAUGUAUUUGUUUUCAAUGUCCAAAGGAUAAAACAUACAUGUACACUUACAAAGCAGCAGAUAUGAUAUGAAAAGGAUCAAAUUCACCCGAUUUUUAUGUAUUUCAGUCAGGCUAAAUGGUUUGGUGGGUGUGGUCUCUUUAAAAACACGAAAGAUUGACAGUUUAUGUGCAAACACACAGGCUUUUAAGGGCAACAGAUGCCACAAAUGUGCUUGUGUAACCUGGGAAAAGACUGACCCACUGCUUCAGAUGUAGACCACAGUGGGCAUCUGGCCAUUUUCCCUCUAAGCCAGCCUCUGAGACGCACCCUAAAUGCAAAUAUUCCCAUGAAAAUGUUAUCUUGGCAUUAUAGAUGUACCUUUUAUGGAAUGAAACUCUACAGAAGCAGUUGGAAAUGCUAGAAACAUUGUCUUAUUUGAAGCAGUGUCCCCUAUCUCCAUCUAAGAGAAUUAAACGUUUUUUCACACUGUUGCGAAAGCAGAUUGUUCACCAUUGACAACCAUAUUGUACUUUGUUUUAUAUCAAGUUGUAGAUAUUUUAUCUAUUCAUUAUGUGCUUUUUUGUAUUCUAAAGAUGAACGGUUUUACAUAAAUCAUUUACGGCUUCACCAUACUGUCAGGUCUAACAAUUCUUCUUGACUGCUCCAGAUGUUAUUUACAAAGUGCCUAACCUUUUGAAUAUAUUGUAGUAGUGAUACAACCUCAGCCUUUUUUAGUGCAUCCACACUUGAGAGCGUGAACUGAUCAAGCUCUAAGGGUUAAAUGGAACUACAAGGUGUUACGAUCGCAGGCCUUAAUUCAGAAGAUAUAUAGUACCUUUGAAUUCACAUUAGGUUUUUGAAUGGAAAUGACCGUAUGAUUGUUUUUUUUUUUUUAGUUUGUUUUUUUCUUGUCUCCUUUUUUUGUACAAUUUUAAUACUGAGUGGAAUAUUGAAAAAUUCCAUUUCCAAAAGCAUAUAUUAGUAUGGAGUACAUAUUAAAAAAACUGCAGUAGUUGUGUAUUUGUCCUGAUGGGGACUUUAUAACCACAGUUAUAAAAUUGCAUGUUAAAAAAAGUCUUCAAUUCUUGACUGACCAUGGUUAAGAAACCAAUAUUUAUGGUGUGUAUUUCCUGCCCUGAUGAAGAUGCUCAGACUGCAAUGCUAUCUGCCUUCUCUGUUUGAUCUUUUAUGCAAGGACUGAGAACCGAUGAACUGAUACAAAGGAGUGUGUUUUGCUCGUGUAGCAGGUUUCCUGAUGUGAGCACGUGUUGUGUUGGGUUGAGUCGGGUGCUGGCACCGGUACAGUAGGCUGAUCUGUGUUAAGGUUAAGCUUUCCCCCUCAUGGCACUCCUCCAAGCACCCUGAGACACACAUACACACUCACAGCUUUUAUUCUGCUGCCGUACCCCAGCUGCUGGCUGUAUAGAAAUGUGGCCGGCUCCUUUUUAUCAUGCUGGUAACAUGAGACGAAUAUUGAGCCAACUGAAUUCAGAGGGUGAAGCAGUUAGAAUGAACAGAAAAAAGCCUCUGUAUCGGGACAUUGUACAGUACGUUCCAGGAUUAUUUCACCAGUUCUACAUUGACAUAAAUUAAUACAUUAGAGGCUUGGAGAAUUGUUUGGCUAAUCAGGUCAUUCUUGGCCACUUGAUGUGUAAGGAUUAUGUUGUAUGAUUGUUCUUUCCUUUUCAUUUGUUUAAACAUACAUUUUCUUUAUGUAGGGCUAUGCAACGAGAUGACACUUUGAAAAAUAUACUUCAUUCGUUUUGUAGCUUUACCUGCUGGGAAAUCCAGAUUCAGGCUUUAUUUAGCAUGUUAA